AUCGUUUCCAUGAAGUGCACUUAGGAGAAUGAGCCCGGCCUGAAGCGAGAUGAGAUAGGAGUUCGCAUGCAGGCAAGCAGCGUGCUUCAGGAGAACUUGACCAAGACAGGCCUAGAAGCCUGAGGUGGGUUGAUUGGAAGGUGCGAUGGUCGGAGCAAUGUCUGGGUGUUGGCCAGCGCGCGACUUCCAUCACGUAUACGAACACGCACAGCAAACAAGCACAAGCGCGUCUGUACUGGCCAGACAAGCUGCUGUACGCUACGGUGUCAUGCAUGGCGGCGAAUCUGAGCGCCUCCCAGCCAGCCAGUUGACGGCUCAAGACUACAGCCCGACCGACCACUUGGAUGCGCUAUUUCCCUCUCUUGAGUCAUUGUCGUUGCUGCCUCGUAUCGAGUCUAAGCUGAUUCGGCACGAGAUUCAGCUUCGACAUGCUAUUGCAGAGAUGCAGGAGCGGGUCACGGCCAACAAGGAGAUUGCAGCUGAAUGCGUUGGCAGGGUCGAGGAGAAACUGAAGCUACUUCAUGAUGAAAUCUCGACGACUCAAGCAAAGGCAGGCCAGGCGGAGGACUUUGUGUCGAGCGUCACCAAGGAGAUCCGACGCCUUGAUACAGCGAAGCGAAAUGUGGCCGCCACUAUGACUAUUGUCAAGCGACUACAGAUGCUUAUCUCUGCCUUUGAUCAAUUGCAACGGCUCGCAUCUAGCAAGAAGUAUGCUGAGACUGCUUCUCUUCUAUCUGCUGUACUGCAGCUCAUGACGCACUUCAAAGCUUAUCGAUCUAUACCCCAAAUUGCGGUGCUGUCACAAGAGAUUGCCGACUUGCAGCGAUCUCUUCUGGAACAGGUGGCAAGCGAUUUCGAAGGCUACUUUUCUACAGGUCUCUCCCCUCAAACACGCAUAGUCUUGACGCAAGGCUGUCAGCUUGUUGAGGUCCUCGGUGAUGGCCCAAAGGAGCGUAUCUCGACAUGGUACAUCAAUUCACAGCUACGAGAAUACCGCAAUGUCUUUCGAGGCCAUGAAGAGGCCGGCUCGCUCGACAACCUCUCUCGGCGAUAUGCCUGGCUUAAACGCGUCUUCCGCAGCUACGAAGAUGAGCAUGCUCAGAUAUUCCCCGAGUCUUGGCACUUGCAAGAGCAGCUUAUUCGGCAAGGUUGCGAGAGCACCAAAGAAGAUCUCGUCACUGUCAUGGCUCGCUCACGUCCCAACAUCAAAUUACUGUUGCAAGCACUUCAGGAAACGCUCGAUUUUGAGCGCUACUUGGGUGAGCGCAUGGGGGCAGCGCCAAGAGCUUCGAUUGACUCUGUGAAAUCCGUCCAUUCCGAUGCGUCAGAUAAACAGCAGCGCGGCUACCGCAUCAGUGAAGCCUUUGAGCCGUACCUCAAUCUCUUUGUCGAUAUGCAAGAUCAGGUCUUGUCAGGCAUGUUGGCAGGUUACAGAAGCGCUCCCUGGCCGACCCUGGACGAACCAGCCUUGCCCUCCUCAGCUGACUUAUUUUACUUUUACCUGACUACGACAACGCAAUGUGCCGAAAUAUCAACAGGCGCGCCACUAUGGGAAUUCGCAAAAGUCAUGGCCAAGUACCUGAAUCAGUAUCAUGAUUUGAUUCUCGCUAGUAAGUACUCAAAUGGUGUCGUUACCGUUGAGGAAAUCAUCAUGGUCCUUCGCACUGCCGAAUACUGUUCAGAAACGACACUCCAGCUCGAAGAACGCAUCAAGCAGUUGAUUUCGCCGCCCUUCGUUGAGCGCAUCACCUAUCAAUAUCAGCACAGCCAAUUCUUGUCUUUAAUGGGACGAAGCAUGGACCUGCUUGUUUCCCAUCUCGACAGAGUGGUGGAUACUGCUCUGCGCGACAUGCUCAAGAUUUCUUGGUCAAGCAUGAGUGAAUCUGGUGAUCAAUCGCAAUACGUCUCUUUGCUCAGUGCUGGUCUUUUGCGCGAGGGCAAGCGGGUCCUUCACAACCUCGGCAAAGAUCGCUUCAUUCGCUCCUUCUGCGAUCGCCUUGUUGAGAAUUUCGUGCGUUGCUAUAGUGGCUAUAUUGUCAAGUGCAAGCCCAUCAAUGAGGUGGCUGCUGAGCAGAUGCUCUUGGACAUUUACAGCAUCAAGGCCACUUUACUCAACCUGCCAGGCGCUGAGACGACCGCUGCGUAUGCAGCGAUUGUUUCGAAACAGAUUGGUCGACUGGAGACGUUACUCAAAGUUCUGCAUGUCUCGGUCAAUCCGCCAGAGGGCUUUGUUGCCAAUUACAUUUUUAUCAUUGCCGAUGCCUCUGUUGGCAAUUUUGUCAAAGUCCUCGAUAUCAAGGGCGUGUCGCGACAGCAACAUGGGCGACUGAUUGAUGUUUUCAAUAAACAGGUCAAUGCCGCAAGAAGGGAAGAUCCUGCAUCACUCGAUAAUUCGCAUCCAUUGCUCGACAAACUACAGGUACUCGGAGAUGCACGCUCGCCUGUAGAGUCACACAGCGGGAUCUUCUCCAAGGAUGGCUUGCUUGGUGGACUGACACAUGGUAGUGCUGGUGGUAUCGCCGGCAUUGGUGGUGGUUCGCAUGGUCUCGGCUCACCCGUCCACAGUCCUGUGCAUGAACGACAAUCGUAUUUUCGUUCUCCAAGUACAGCACAGGCAAGACCGCCACCAGAAGGUGUCAAGCAGUCGAUGCAGAGUGACCUGUCAUCAUUGCAGAGCAGAAGUUCAACACCUGGUAUGCCGCUGGAUGGCCGCUUUGUGGAGCGUCAGUUUGGUAAGCUGUUUAGCAAGCGCAGUAGCAGUGCUGCUUCAUUAUUCCAGGGAAAUGGAAAUCCAUAGCCUCAGCAUAAACAAUCAAUCAUGCAUUCAUGA